ACAUCCGCUAGCAAGUGUUGUUCCCCGAUCGGGAGGGAGAGAGAAAAGUUGGCGCAGCUGAGCCGGGGCCGGCCCGGUGCAGGAGGAGAGAGAAUAACGGCUAGUAACAAGCCCAGGCCUCCGGGAUGGACAACAGCAACGUCGAGGAGACGGCGGCAGCUCUUGUGAGGGAAUAUCUGAGCCGCAAGGGUUUAAAGAAGACUAUUUCUGCCAUGGACCAGGAGCUUCCACGCACAGAGGGCAGCAUUAACACCCGAAAUGAACUGAAGAAAGUGCUGCACCUGGAAUCACUUUACAAACAGAACAAGGCCCAAGUGAUGCCUUUAAAGACAAUGCUCGAGAUUAUCACAAAAUACUUCCUGGACACUAAUGAGAACACGAAGGUUGUGGCACGGGACAAUUUUCGAGCACCAGCUAUAGUAAGCCAAAGAGCAACAGCAGUGCGUUUUGACAGUACCUUUGUCAAUAUCUACGACCUUUCUGAUGAGGACAAAGGUGGAAGUGUAGCAUUUCACGACAUGAAUAAAUCAGAGCCUUGCAGGUUCCCUAAUGAUUCAGCCGGUUUGGCCUGUAUGCCAGUGCCUUCUUCCAAGACUCUACAGAGUUCAUUGAAGAAGAAAGAUAGAUCUCCUGGUCGGAAUGGGUGCUCUUCAGGAGGUGAACCAGGACUCCUUCCUGUUAACAUCCUUUCAUCAGAUUCUUCCAGGGCCGGUGUAUUUCCUGUGGAGACCAGAGGAACAAAUAUGGAGUCACCGAGACCACGGUCAGGUCGCAUUGUACGUGGCAUGAUGUCUGGCCCAAUCCGCACAGUACAGGAGGAUUCCUCCAAAAAGCGCCUGAUUAAACGGGCCUCUGGAUCUAGCCUGGCUUUACAUGCAAUUGAGAGCGACGUUGACAGUGGCUCUUGUUUCAAGGGGUACGUACGACAGGUUGGCACCUCGUGCGAAAGCGCUACCUGCUCUGACUGGCUUCCCGCUGCUGGCACGCUGAUGGUGGAUAACAUGGCAGAUGGCACAUCUGCCCAGGACUACCCCCAGAAGAAGCACCCCUGUCUUUAUACAGGCAGCCGAAGCAGUCAGAAGCCUCAAGAUUUCAGAUGGUACCAUGAGGCAGCGGAUGACCUUUGCGCAGAAAGGCUGUUGGAGCGAGAGAGAGGGCAGGUCCCGAGUGGGCAGGAGAAAAAACUGUCCUCUAACCUCAAUGCCAACUUGCCUGAAAAGAGCAGGAAGGUGAAGUUUGCUCCAGAUUGCAUGAACAUUGAGUACGAGGCAAACGAAAGCGAUGUUACAAUGACAGAAGAUCUACAUUCCAGAAAGCCCUCAAUGUGUUCUCCCGAAAGUCAACUGAUAGAACGACUGCAGAUAGCUGACAUUGAUGAUGAUGAUUUGGAAGAAGUUGAUGAAAUUCUACCUGUCAGUUCUCUUCGUAAACACCAUAUUGACUCAAAACCUAUUGACCUUCCUCUUGCAAUACAGUUGAAAAAUCUUCUAUUUGGGUCCAGCUUUUCCUGCUUUGCUGAGGAGUGGAAGAUACAGAGUUUCACCUUUAAUGACCUACCUGAGUUAAGAUAUGGCAUCGUUCAGAAGAAGGGUGGUCCUUGUGGAGUUUUGGCUGCAAUUCAGGCUUGUGUCUUACAAAAGUUGCUCUUCGAGGACCUAGCUAGCAGCAGCUGUGAGGCGCCGGAUUUGCAGCCGACCAAUGCUCAACGAUCACAGUGUCUCGCGUUGGCUAUUGCAGACAUAUUAUGGCGUGCUGGGGACAGGAGACGAGCAGUAGUUGCUCUGUCAACAGGAAGACAGCAAUUUAUCCCGGCAGGAAAAUAUAAAGCUGAUGGGACAAUUGAAACGAUUAUACUGAAUACCCUGACGAACUUCCAGGACCUGACAACUUUUCUUCAGCAAAAUGUUGGCCAGUUUGAGAUUGGACCGUUUGGCUGCAUUCUACUGACAUUGUCUGCCAUUUUAUCCAGAUCCAUUGACUUAGUAAAAUCUGACUUUGAUGUCCCCAGCAGUACGUUGAUUGGAGCCCAUGGAUACUGUACACAGGAACUUGUGAAUCUGUUGUUAACCGGCAAAGCUGUCUCCAAUGUUUUCAAUGACCUCGUGGAGUUGGAUUCUGGCAAUGGCAACAUCACAAUCCUCAAAGGAAUUUCAGGACGCAGUGAUAUAGGACUGCUGUCACUUUUUGAGCACUACAGUAUCUGCAAGGUGGGUUCCUUCCUGAAAACUCCUAAGUUUCCAAUCUGGGUGGUGUGUAGUGAGAGCCACUUUAGCGUCUUAUUCUGCCUGAAGAAGGAGUUGAUGAGUGACUGGAAAUUUGAGAGACAAUUUGACCUCUAUUACUAUGAUGGUCUGGCCAAUCAACAGGAUGAAAUUCGACUCACAGUGGAUGCGUCAGAGGGCUGCUCAUUGGAAGGAGAUGAUGAUUUAAUUCCUCCACUUGAACUCUGCAUCAGGACGAAUCCAUGUAAUCAAGAAAGCUGAGGGAUGAUCUAACCAGUGUUCACAAAAUGAUGAAAGGAUUUGAUUGGGUGGAAAGGAGCAUUUGUAGACUGGAAUGGAACGGACCCAAUCCUGUGAGAAGCUGGACCAUAGACUCUGAAGUCAAACCUGGAACGUGUGCCCGAGGGGACUGAGAGGUGCAGGAAUCAAACACCAACAACACCUUCGCUUCUGAAGUCUGCAGUUGAUAGCAGGAUAGGCCUUAAAAUGUGUCUGUCAUCGGAUGGCACCCAACAACACCUCAUUCAGUUAAUUUACCUCAUUUCCUCUGAAUGCGUAACGGUGGGGGUUGGGGGGAAAUGGAGAUUGUGACCUUGAAGGCUGUAAACCUAGGAAAGUAAUGAGCUGGCUUACCUGCACGCCUCCCAGGCGAGCUGACAGAACUAGAUAUUUGGUAUGCUACCAUGGUUACGCGAUUCAGGUUAUUUUAAAUGAUUCCCUGGCACCGGAUCUAUUAUCAAUAAUUUGAAACCCACAAGUGAAAUUCAGAUGCUUUCGGAGUGGUUGGGUUUAUUGGACGGAGUCACUGCGAGAUGUUAAUUCCCUCUGGCAGAGGCUUAGUGACUGAAUUGUAAGAGAUACUGAGACCUCAAUUUGAGUUUCUCUCCAAAGUUGACUUGGAUUCAACAAAAGCAACUUUUAGAGGGCUGUGCUCAAUUUUAAUUUUGGCUUUAACCUAUUUUAGAAAUUACUGAGGUAGGAAUUUGGAUCUAAACCAAAUGUCCCUGGUUCGAUGGGAGACUGCAAGCCCACAAAUGCUUAAUAGUGACUACAGUAUAAUCACACACCCUUUACCUGUUUUGCCAUCGUACUGUCCUAACAUUGCUAAAUACAAUAAUGCUUGAUGUUUUUUAAAAAAAUGGUUUUUAAUUAGCUCAUUCAAUUAAUUGUUUAGAUCAUGCGCUACAACUUAUGAUUUCCACCCAGAUAGUAGAGGUCAAAGGUUGUACCUUGCACCCUAAAGAAGAAUGGUCAGCAUGAACCAGGAGCUAAGCACUCGAGGCUUUUCUAAGACUAAGCCUCGGGCCCCACUUCAAUAACUGAGGCAACUUUGUUGUGCCUCUAGAAGCAGCUGGCUGGCCACUUCACUUCAGUCCAGUAUGGGCUAGCUUGCUGACUGGCAGUAGCCCAUAGUGGGCGGAGGUGGGUGGGGAAGAGGAGGAGAACGAGAGAUGUGGUUUUGGACCAAUGGACAAUGUAUCCUCCAGGCCAUGCAGCAACCCGAAGUUCCAGAAUUGGCCAAGCAUUACAAUAUUUAAAAAAAAUUUGAGGCUCCAUUGGCAGUAGAACAGCAGUGGAUUACAAUAAUGCUGUGGAGGUGGGAGGAGCAGGAGCACUCCUCCAAACUUCUCAUGAAGUUAACUCAAAAAAAAUUAUAAUGUUUUGGUGGCAGCCUCCAGAACUCCCUUUCAGAACCCAUUGAUUAAGCCGCAUGUUGACCGAGUAAUCUUGAGCAGAAUAGGCUCAGCAGCCUGUUGUGUUCAGCCCUGCCCAGAUUUCAGGUCAAAAACAAAAAUACCUGGAAAAACUCAGCAGGUCUGACAGCAUCUGCGGAGAGGAACACAGUUAACGUUUCGAGUCCGUAUGACUCUUCAACAGAACUCUCAGGUGUUUGGCUUAGGCGUCCAUCACUGACACCCAGAAAUCCGUUUUCACCAAUAUUAUUAUGGCACCUGUAACAUUGGCACAAUUCGGGCAUUGGAACUCGUGCUGCAAUAAUGUCCAUUUUACCCAGUUUCUCCCACCUUGAUCUUGCAGACAGUUGGGGAACUGUUACAAAACAAAUCUUAUUAUCUCCAUGGACUGUCAGAAAAUAGCCAGAAUAGCUUAACAUGUUUUGUUUCCAAAAGAACCUAAGAGUUUUUAGGAACAAGAAAAAACCCACCAGACCGCUCAGCCUCUCCCCGCUAGCCUAUUACAGUUAAAUCUUAGUUAUCCAUUGCGCUCGGGGGGUAGGUGGUGCCAGUUAAUCAAAAAUACCAGGUAGCAGGGAGUUACAUUACCCCAGACACAAGACAAGGUGCUGCUCUGUCUUUGAGAGCAGAGGGGAAGCAGCAGGGCAGUCAAAGGCCCCAGCACAGCAGGGCAUCACAGUAAAACCACCACAACUGGAGACCAAGCUGACGCCACAACCUUCAGCUCAGCUUUUAAAAAACAAUCCGUGCUGCCAGUUUUACUAACAAUUGCUCUGAGCAGUAUAUCUUUGUCCAGAGAUAAUAACCAAAACUGAUCCAAAAAUUUAAUUAUUUCAAUGUAACACGUAAGGACAACUUCUGCAGAUUUAUAAUCAGCUGUUAUUAUUGUUAGUUUUUUUGUUAAGAAUGCAUUAUCUGAACUCAGAGCUUUUUAAAAAAAAAAUCAAGCUGUCAGAAAUUCCGGUUGGUAGAGUGUGCUGGUAAAGUGUUGGUAAAGUUUACCAUAUAUGUUUUUUCCAUAUGCCUUAAUAAUAUUUCUUUCAAGUAUCUAUCCCUAAAUUUGACAGCUUCAUGGAUUCUGCAUCUAUGCCCUCUUGGAUUGCUCAUUCUUAUUUGUCUUCAUUUUGCUUUUAAUCACAGAUUAAUCUUUAAGAACUUGCAUUCUACAUGAUGUGCAGGUAGAUGCAAAAUAUUCCAUGCCAUUUUUUUUUUCUCUGAUGUCACUUUUUUUUAAAAGUGUCUCUUGGCUAACAUUCGUUAUUGAAGCAACUGGACCAGCACCAUUAAAACAGACGAUCGGUCAUUUUGAGUUCAUAGCUGUCUUUGGGAUUUUGGCCUGUACAAGUUAGUUACCAUCUUUGGAAAGCUAAAGAUUCAUCACGUGAAGCCCUUUGGAAUGUCCUGAGGCUAUGAAAGGAGCUGCAUACUCCACAUUGUUCUUUUCCUUCUCUCCCUCGUUCCUUUAAAGGAUCAACCCCAGCUAGCCAUCUUCUCACCAUAUUCCUCCCAGUGCUGUCAUCCACUGCCAAAUGCCAUCAUGCCCCACAACCCGGCCCUCCCCCCCCCCCACCCACUCCCAACCCCACCUCUCCACCCCCUCCCUGGGUAGCCUUAGGCUCACAUUACAAUUUCUGCUCUUUUCUGUCAGCUCAGACAUCACUCCUGCUGGCUUUGGUCUGGCUGCCAGUGCAGCUUUUCAUAAUAAGUCCUUGGAGUUAAAAACCCGUUUCACAAGCAUGCUUCAUUUUGAGCUAACAGUCCCUUGUGCAGAGCCCUUCUUGACAUGACAAAAACAUGUCAACUGUCCCUUAUAUCAGCUUAUAUUUUUCUGAGUUUGGUGCAUACGCCUUAAUUAUCUGCAUGAAAAAGUUGCUCGCUGUAAUUUCCAGCCUCGUUCUAUAACUGGUUGUCAAGGGUUUAAAAAGCAGCUAAUCCUCCCUUUAUAUUUGGCUGUGUUGGCUAUCCCAUUGUCUUUAAUUUGUUUGGUGCAACAAAUGUGCAUGUGUGCACGUGAAUAUGUGUUUAUGUAUGUCUGAAUCUUCCUGGUUAAUACAUGGAGCCAAACAAUGAGAAAGACCAAGCUAUUGUAUUAUUUUACGUGCAGUAAAUUGAUGCUGUGAAAUUUCUGAAGAAUUGCUGUUUUGUUUGCAUGACUGAAAUGAAAUAACUUUUAAUUUAAUGGAAACCUUUCACUUGUG